AUGGUACGCGUUGCAGCGGCAUCGCGCAAGAAGAAGCCACGUUUGCUUUCGCUGCUGGCAGUGUCCUGGGCGUGCUUGCAGACAGCGCAGCCGUUGUGGGCUUUGGUUGGGCCAAUUGUGAGGUGCUCAUCGCGAUCUUCGUCUUCGACAUCUUCAAGCAUAUCGACAGGUCCUCAUCGUCAACUUCGUCCUCUUCGAGUGUCUCCUCGCCGAGCUCUUCAGGAGGCUUCGGAGCCUUCGGAAAGUGAGGACGACGAAGAUAAGGAGCAGGCUGCCUCUGCGCAGACCGCCGACCCGGUCGAAGAUGCCCCCAAGGACGAGCAGCUGCAGAAGACAGCUCUGAAGAACGAGGAUUUGGACCAACGAGUCCGAAGACUGGCCAUUGGUGAGAUGGAAACAGCACAGCAAGCUGUCAAAACCCUGACAGCGGCUGUCCAAACCCUGACAGCGUUGUGGCUUGAAGAACGUCAAGCCGGACCCAGCGACGAGGCCAAUGCGCUCAAGAAGGAGCUCGAGGAGGCCAAGAAGGAGCUCGAGGAGGCCAAGAAGGAGCUCAGGGAUGCCGAGCAGAAGUACGAGCGACCUGGGUUCUUAGUGCUUUUUGGCACGCGGACCUUGCCGAGCACUGGGGUUCCGGCAAGACGAGUGCAGGCAGGAUCUACUCUUCUGAAGGACUUUGUCGGCGAGCUUCCCGAUCUUGACCAACGCUUCUUGGAUGGACGCAUCAACAACAAAGAAGAUCGUUCGUUCUUGGAGAGGGAGACAGUUGUGGACCAGGUUUUGGCUGAGAUGAACAAGACGACCGAGACAAAAGGGUUGUAUAAGCCUAGGCUCGUUGCUCUUUGGAGCCCUAGGGGCACGGGCAAGACAUCGCUAGUUCGACACCUCGCGCAAAGCAAGCAGUAUGCCGACAGCCGCAGAUGUGGACGGCUGCUGGUGUUCGAUGCACUUGAGCUAGAGCAACACUUGAGCACGGAUGCUGACACGCUGGUGUCGGCCAUCAUCAUUUGGCAUCUUCUGCAGAUCUUCCACGACUACACUGUGGAAGUUGCGCCGGGGCAAAACGUCGUUUUUGAGCGCAGGGACUUUGGUCCUGUGUUGCAGCUUCUGGAGCAGAGCCGCUCGACUCCAACCCCAUCAGGUGACAGCGUUCUGUCGUGGAUUGCGUCCUGUUGUAAGAGCAAACGCGAUGUGUUCGAACAGUGGCUGUCAAUUACCGAACAAACAUUAGCGGCGCCAAAAGACUGCCCUCGUCUGUUUUUCUUGGAUCAGGCAGAACUCCUUGCGAGCGAAAGCAAGGGACGGAGCAGCCAGGGAGGACAAAAGUCAACGCUUACGGACAUUUUUUCAAGGCUUCCCCAGCAGAUGGCCUGCUUCUGUACAGGCACACUGAACCUGAUAAAGGAUCGCCCGGCCAAACAGUACACAAAGCUUGUCGUCUGUGGCUUAGCAGCGCUUGCACCACUGUCUCGAGACGCUGCUGACCUGGCCAUGAAACACUGGAACGGGACGCAGUAUGAGGAGAAUGUGCUCAACCAAAUUGUGCUUUUCUCGGGUGGAGUUCCUCGACUGUUGCGGUAUGCUUCCGAGACGAGCGGAGUCUUGAGGUCAACCGCACAAGCGGCGCUGAAUGAAAUGUCGUGGUGCCUCGAGGAGUCGUAUGGGUCUGCCGGACGUUUUUUUUCUGACCCAGACAUUGCUUCAUCACUGGUUCUUUGCUCGGCCGUUCGGUGGCCGACAGCAGAUACCGGUCUUUAUAGUACUGUGCCUGGAACAUCUACAGCAUGGUCGGAGAUUUUCAAUGCAGGAGCGGCAUUUCCAGCUAACAACUCAGUACUGGUUCCACGGGUUUGGUGGUGUUCUGACAAAGUGGUCCGCCAGCAGCUUGAGGAUGCGUUGAAGGCCUUGAACAUCUGUCUGGAUCGUCUCCUGCCAGAUUCCUUGCAGUUGGUAUCGCAAAACAGCCAGGGGAGCCUUGCGAGGGGAAAGCCGUGGGAAGAGCUGGUUGCACAUUCCCUAGCGGCACGGUUCCGCCUUUAUUGCAUGCAACGCAAAUGUACCGGCAACAACACCUGGGCUCCCUUCCUGGAGAUCUAUCCGACAGACAACGCACAUUUGCAAAUGGUGUUGGAACCAUUUGAGGUUUGCUGGAGGAAUGGGGUAUCGUACCCACAGAGUGAAGCUAGUGUCUCAGACGCUGCUGGACAUGCUAUUAUGUGCAAUGUUCCGUUUCGGAAUGCUCACCAUGACUUGUUGAUUCCCGUGAAGCGGGUGAAGUGUGGUACGUGUGAGUACAUUGCAGCCCAGUGUCGGUAUGGAGUCAAGAAAACUGCAAAGGACCUGAACGACACAUGCCAAGACAAGGCUAGAAAGCCGAAGAAAAAUGAAACCCGAGAUACCCUUCCGGACAUGCCAAACGUGCUUCUCCAAAUAUGUCCCGAGACUGAAGGUGCUCAGCCGUUUGAGGCAGGUACUUCGUGGGCAAAACGCCAAGGCGAAUACAGAUACAGUCUCAUGAGUUGCAAAAGCAUACUCGCGCAACUGGAUGUGCUGCGCCUUCUGUGA